AUUCUCAGAGGACGAGGAAGUGAGUGAAGAGAACUCUGCAGCACAGGUCUGACAGCUCAGAGAACCAGAACGGAAUUUUUCAGCUGCAGUUCCACGGGGGUGGAAAAAAUACAGGCUGUGAGCUGUGAAUCUGUUGCUCUCUCUCUCACACACACACACACACACACACACACACAGACGCCAGUCUCGCGGCCGAGGUUGCGGCUGUCAGCGUGCACGAGCUCACUCUGGGGAAACAGCACAGCAAGUGCGCGCGCCCGCGCGUUCUCAACCAGUUGCAGUCGCAUUGUGCACUCAGGACCACGCAACAAACAUGUGCACGCACGAGGGGUCCGCAAUGACCGAGUGGAAACCUGCAGCAUGGUGAAGUUGCAGCAGCAGCAGCAGCAGCAGCCGUGCGUGACAAUGCAUCGGAUAGUGCAGAGGAGGCGCGCUGGGCCGCUCCGCUCCGCGUGGUCGCUGCUGGGUGCCGUGGCGCUCGCGCUCGCCGCCUCCAGCGCCGUGUUCACCGCGUGGACGUGGCGACAAACCCGAGACCUGACCAGGUCCGUCCAAAAUCUGCGCGAGCGCUUGGAUCAGGUGAAUUUGCAGCGCAAGGCUAUUGUCCAGCUUUUCCUGGAGAAGAGGGAGCUGCUGGAGAGCCUGCGAGUGAAGAGAGAAGCUGGAUGGGGAAAAAGAAAAAAUGGAAGGAAGGUGGCCUCUCACUUCGAGACUGGAGGGGCAAAAGGAAAAAAUGGAAAUGGAAGGAAGGUGGCUUCUCACUUUGAGAUAACCAAAGAUUCCUUUAAAACAGUUGGGAAUGAGGGAAUCAUUAAAGGGUGGACUGAGCAGUACCUGAAUAUGACUCAAGCCGUGGAGUAUAACACAGAGACCGGCACUUUUAAAGUAGUUCGGAGGGGUGUCUACUUCCUUUACUGUCAAGUGCAUUUCAGUGAGCAAGAGAGUCAGUAUGUGAAGCUGGAAGUGACUGUCCCUCAGGGUCCCUCACUUCAGUGCAUGGAGGGAUACAGCACCACUCCAACCACAGGGUUUAAACAGUUCCACUUCCUGAAGCCGUGCCAGGUGUCUGGCCUCCUGCUCUUAGAGAAAGGUGCCGAGCUUAAGACUGUAACCGGAAGUCGUUUUACUCUGCAGGAUACAGGCAAACAUUACUUUGGCCUCUUUAAGGUGAACUAGUGGAUCAGACACACAGUUCAGCCUUAUUGACUGCAUCAUUUUUUGAAGCUCUACCACAGUCGAUACUCACUGGCUGGACGAUCCAUGAUUGGUUCAUUUGUUAAACGAGUUAAACACCUGUCUUUUAAUUUUUUGUUUAAUCAGACACAUUUGAUAGGGUCCAUGCAGUCAUGCAGAACAGCUUUGACUGAAACAAGGAUGUUUCCAGAGGCACCUGGGAGUAGUUUCCAUAAGGACUGUAUGCACACUGGUGCUCUAAAUAUGGUACUAAUCAGGAUGGUAAAAGCGAGGAGACCAUGACUGCUGGACAGUUACAGUGGAUCUUUUUUGGAUUGCCUUGGUUUGGACAUAAGUGUAUAAACAUUGACUUCACCAAUUGUGCUUAAACAUUUACUUGUUGCCUGAUAAGGACACAUGGCUCCCUUCCCUAAACAGUGACACAGGCAGAGUGUACAGAAGGUUCUGCAUUGUUGGUUUUAAUACUGGACAUUGUUAUUAUUAUUAUCAGUGAUUGUGAUAAUGGAUCAAACAUUUGGAUCAAACAUACAUCCGUAUGUUUGUCAAAUGUUUGUCAAAUACACACUAAGUAGUACUCCUCAUUAUAUUUCCUUAUUACGGCCCUUCACCCGAAACUUCAACAAAAGUUAUAAGUGCCUAGUAUAUUGUUAAAUGAUUGUUUUAUAUGAUUGUAAAAGUACAGUACAGAUUGGUGUGAAGUUGUGGUAUGUUUACUUAGAGUACCACACUUCCAUUUUGUAACAAUGUCACAAUAUACCUUUUUUUUUUUAAAUAGAAUGCACAUUCAGUUCUUAAAGUCUUUUAGAGGUUACAGAGUUUAUACCAACUUUAUUGCAUCUAAUCUCACUGGUUAAUCUUGCGCAAAACAACUGAAGUUUCAUUUUUUUAACAAUGUAUGUCAACGUCUCUAAACCUAGCAUUAAAAAGACAGCUUAAUUAGGUCUGAAACGGAAUGUUUGGCAUUUAAAAUGCACAUUGUGCUGAUUGGAUUUUCUACUUAUACCUCAGCUUCCCUUUUGUAGAUCUGCACCCCUAUUGUUUCCCCAUGCCCUUGACUCUCACUUCCCUUAUCGUCUCAAGUAAAUAUCCAAAUAUCCACUUGGAGCGGUGACAUAUUCCCAUUCGUCUCCCCCAUCUAGUCUUUCCUCCUUCUUCCUCUUGCUAUUUUUCUUUAUUUUCACUUUUUGGGGGGGGGGGUUGCUCCUUGCACACAAUCCACAUUUGGAUUUCUGCAGGGGUUUCUGCUGUUCAGAAACGGCAUCCAAGAUAAACUUGUCUGGGUUGAGGUGAAGUGUGGAAUGGCUGUGUGCGUGUGUGUGUGUGUUAGUCUAAAUGAGCGAUCAGGGUAACUUUAGGGUAAGUUCAAAUUUCAUGGCUCUUUAAGCCUGACUCUAAACUAAUAUGAACAUGAUGUGAUUUUUUUAUUUCAUGGAACUUAAGUAUCUAUUUGACCAUUUGAAACUGACUGACUGAUUUUACAAUUACACAUAACCAAAAUCUAAAAACAGAGCCAGAGAGUUCAUAAUGGCCAAACUGAAUGUGUGUGAGAUGUUUCUAUUUGCUAUAACUUUUCUUAAAUAGAAUUUUCACAUAAAAAUUGGUGCAAAAUGCUCUGGCUUUCUUGUU